AUGCAGAUAGAUGUGCUGUGUAUGUCCAAACAAUCAGAGCUAUUCUUCCUGUUGAAUUUGCAGCUCUCUGCCAAGCCACCGCACAAAGGGAAGAGGGUGAUAGGUGCGCACAGCGGCAAAGUGUGUCAAUGGAUUAAUUUAUCACUGACAGACACAGGAAGCAUAAUAUGGUUGUGGGUGGUGUUUUGGAGACGAGUCACAUCUCUUUAUCUGAUACUUCAGGCCCAAUCCUCCCGACUUCUCUGCAGAAAAUGUAAUAAUACAUGGUUCUCCUGAGAUGUAUAUUUUUAAUCACGCUCUCCACUUCCUUCCCGACUGUGUUGGAUUUUGUGGGUUUUAAGGACCUGAGGUGGUACAUGAGCAAUGUUACUGUAGGCAGGUCAUCUGGGAGACAAGAUAGCUACCUGAAAGGAAUUUGGAACUUUGGCAGUGUAGAUUGUAGUCAAUAGUGACGGCUAAACCAUUUUUCUUGGCUGUAUCUGUGACAGGUACACUGACAAACAAGAGCCUUGACUAUAACAAUGUCAAUGCAUUAUCCAUCUUUUUUUUAUAUUUAAAUACCAUAACCAUGGGUAAAGAAAUGAAGCAGAGGAUUUAGGAUCUUGUAAACACUCAAGCUAUCUGAUGUUGUGAUAACACCGCCAGCCAAGUUCAUUGUUUCAGUAAUCUUUUCUCUAAAUGUAUGUACAUUUUUCAGUACUGUUAAAAGCCCAAUGCAGCCAAUUUUAUAUCAAUAUCAAAUCAUUUCUUGGUAACAAUUAAGUACCUUACUGUAAUAGUAGCAAUUUUGCUAGGACUGUCUGGGAGUGGUCUGAGUGGGGAGGGGAAAACUGAAAACUAGCUGUUAUUGGCAGAGAGAUUUGGAACUCUCUUUGUUUUUGGUCUAUUAACCAAUUUACCACCUGGUGUUAACAUUUACAUUACAUUUUAGUCAUUUAGCAGACGCUCUUAUCCAGAGCGACUUACAGGAGCAAUUAGGGUUAAGUGCCUUGCUCAAGGGCACAUUUACGUCAUUUAGCAGACGCUCUUAUCCAGAGCGACUCACAAAUUGGUGCAUUCCCCCUAUAGCCAGUGGGAUAACCACUUUACAAUUUUUUUUUUUUGGGGGGGGGGGGGGGGGGGGGGGUAGAAGGAUUACUUUAUCCUAUCCCAGGUAUUCCUUAAAGAGGUGGGGUUUCAAAUGUGUGUUGUCACCAGACAAGCCGAAACUCCCACCCAUGCAAAACUGCUGAUUAGAAAGUCCUGUGUAGAUUGUAUUUUCAACCAGCAACUAUCAGGAAAUAACACUGAUCACAUGUCUUCACACUUUAACAGUGUUAGUUUCAUCACCUAUUGUACAAUAUGAUACAAAACACAGGAAAAAAAUGAAUUCUGACUGCACUGGGUUUCCUGUUUUACAGGAAGUGCUGGGACUCCUGUCACAUUUAAUGAGAAUGGCGAUGCUCCAGGACGCUACGACAUCUUUCAGUACCAGAUCAACAACAGGUCAACAGCAGAGUACAAGGUCAUCGGCCACUGGACUGACCAGCUACACCUAAAUGUAAGGACGAAUGCCAUUACUCCACUUUCCUUAAAUGUUAGGUCACUGCUUUGUCUCUGCCUAACGUUAUUGUAUCCAAGUCCUAAGAAUGUUGUUAAUAAAUAACAUUUACUUCCACGGGACACAUUCUCCCCAAUAUCUGUCAAAAUAUGUCAUACAAUCCAUUUAACUAAUUUGCCAAUAUUGAAAGAGAGAGAAGAUUUGACUUAAUUUAAUGAUGAUGAUGAUGAUGAUGAUGUACUCCUGAGUGGCGCAGUGGUCUAAGGCACUGCAUCGCAGUGCUAACUGUGCCACUAGAGAUCCUGGUUCGAAUCCAGGCUCUGUUGCAGCCGGCCGCGACCGGGAGACUCAUGGGCGGCGCACAAUUGGCCCAGCGUCGUCCAGGGUAGGGGAGGGAAUGGCCGGCAGGGAUGUAGCUCAGUUGAUAGAGCAUGGCGUUUGCAACACCAGGGUUGUGGGUUCGUUUCCCACGGGGGGCCAGUAUAAAAAAAAAGAUGUAUUCACUAACUGUACGUCGCUCUGGAUAAGAGCGUCUGCUAAAUGACUAAAAUGUAAAUGAAGUCAAUGUUAAUGAGUCAUCUUCUUUUAGUUCUUGCCCAUUUUCAAGAUCAAUGUCAUAUUCUGCCCCCCACAGAUGGAUGCCAUGCAGUGGAUCAGUGGAGACCCCUCUGUGCCCGCCUCUGUGUGCAGCCUGCCCUGCAAGAUGGGCGAGAGAAAGAAGGUGGUGAAGGGGGUACCAUGUUGCUGGCACUGCGAGCGCUGUGAGGGCUACCACUUCCAGGCCAGUGAGUUCAUGUGCGAGCUGUGCCCGUAUGAGCAACGCCCUGACCAGAACCGCACCGGGUGCCAACCUAUCCCCAUCAUCAAGCUGGAGUGGCACUCUCCAUGGGCAGUGGUGCCAGUCUUCAUCUCUGUUCUUGGCAUUCUGGCAACCACCUUUGUCAUUGUCACCUUUGUGCGCUACCACGACACGCCCAUUGUCCGAGCAUCAGGCCGGGAGAUGAGCUAUGUUUUGCUCACAGGUAUCUUCCUGUGCUAUGCUAUCACCUUCCCCAUGAUCGCAGCCCCUGACGUUGCCGUUUGCUCCUUCAGGCGCAUCUUCCUGGGCCUGGGGAUGUGCUUCAGCUACGCAGCGCUGCUUACCAAAACCAACCGCAUCCACCGCAUCUUCGAGCAGGGCAAGAAGGCUGUGACGGCACCGCGGUUCAUCUCCCCGGCCUCCCAGCUGGUCAUCACCUUCAGCCUGAUCUCAGUUCAGUUGCUGGGCGUGUUUGUGUGGUUCGUCGCCGACCCACCGCACACGGUGGUGGACUACGGCGAGCAGCGCACACAGGACCCUGAGAACGCCCGCGGGGUGCUCAAGUGUGACAUCUCAGACCUCUCACUCAUCUGCUCGCUUGGAUACAGUAUCCUGUUGAUGGUCACAUGCACUGUUUACGCCAUCAAGACCAGGGGAGUGCCAGAGACCUUCAACGAGGCAAAGCCUAUUGGAUUUACUAUGUACACUACCUGCAUUAUUUGGUUAGCAUUUAUACCCAUCUUCUUUGGGACGGCG